AUGGGUAGUAUUUUCUGUCAAGAUUGUCAACUUCGAGAGAAUCAAUGUUAUACACACAAGCUGACUCAAAACCAAGAAUAUGACUACAUGGUGUCAGCUCUCCGACAUGUUGUCUCCGGCGCCGGCGAUGCUGCUCAGCUUUUGUUGGAAGUUCAAAAUGCGAGUGGUGGUUCAGCCACGUCAGCUAAUUUAAUGCCACGUAGGAGCAUUGAUGUGAAGUUAGAGAAGGGUAAGAAGAGGAGAAGGAGAAAUACGAAGAAGGAAUUUAGGGGAGUUAGACAAAGACCAUGGGGAAAAUGGGCCGCAGAGAUACGUGACCCGCACCGAGCCCAACGAGUUUGGCUCGGUACUUUUAUUACUGCCGAAGAUGCUGCUAGAGCUUAUGACAAAAAAGCUAUAGAAUUUAGAGGUGAAAAGGCGAAAACCAACUUUCCUAUCACAGAAUAUGCUGCUGCUGCCAUUAAUGACGAGAUUAACAAGUUGCCAACUGUAGUAAUGGAAGAAGAGAGAGAAUUAUUAGUACAAGUCCUUCAUGGUGAAAAUAGUAGUAGUAGUAUGCAAAAUGGUGAUGACGACGACUUUUGGGAGACAUUAGAAGAUGAUGGACUUGUAAAGCGGAUCACACAAGAUAUGUUCUUCUGAUCCUCUAUUCGGCUUAAUUAGUUUUUUUGUCUGAAAAUAUCUUUAUUCUUUGGUUUGUUUGUCGUUUUCUUCAACUUCUUUUGAGUGGCUACUGAGGAGUGGUAGGAAAUAUCUUGUACUAGUGUUGAGUAAUAAUAAUAAUGUACUCAAG